GCGGUGCCGUCACUUCCUCCCCGGCCGGAGCUGGCCCCGCUCAUUCUCUUUAGUGUUUGCCCUGUGCCCGCCGCCUCCCUCCGCCGCCGCGACUCGCCCCCCGGCCCCCCGGGACCCGGCCCAUGGACUGAGCCGCCCGCUGGCCCGCAGCACCAGCCGGCCCGGGAGCCGCAGCCCAGGCAGCCAGGUCAACAAUUUGGCUUCAUCGCAUUGAGUUUGCCUGCAUUCAAAGCUGUUUACCUACAGUAAUUUGCUCUGGUUGGAAGUGAACAUGUCUCAAGUUCAAAUUCAGAAUCCUUCUGCUGCCCUUGCAGGGAACCAAAUAUUGAAUAAGAACCCAUCUCUUUCACAGCCUUUGAGUAUUCCUUCUACUACUAGUUCUUUGCCCUCUGAAAAUGCAGGUAGACCUAUCCAAAACUCUGCUUUACCCUCUGCAUCUGUUACAUCCACCAAUGCAGCUGCAGCUCCUUCUAACAUGGCAAACCCCAAAGAGAAAACCCCAAUGUGUCUUGUGAAUGAGUUAGCCCGUUUCAACAAGAUUCAGCCUGAGUAUAAGCUUUUGAGUGAGCAAGGUCCAGCCCAUUCUAAGGUGUUUACAGUGCAGUUGACUCUUGGGGACCAGCACUGGGAAGCUGAAGGAACUAGUAUUAAAAAAGCGCAACAUGCGGCAGCUGCCAAAGCUUUGGAAGGGACAAAAUUCCCUAAACCUACAGCUCGUCCAUCUCGUAGCGAAGGAAAGAAUCCAGACAGUGUAACCCCCACAGUGGAGCUAAAUGCACUUUGCAUGAAGCUGGGAAAGAAACCUAUGUACAAACCUAUUGAUCCUUAUACGGGGAUGAGAUCCACUUACAACUAUACUAUGAGAGGUGGUGCUUAUCCUCCACGGUACUUUUACCCAUUUCCUGUUGGGCCCUUACUUUAUCAAGUUGAGCUUUCAAUUGGAGGGCAGCAGUUUCAUGGGAAAGGAAGAACGAGACAAGCUGCUAAACAUGAUGCAGCUGCUAAAGCACUGAAAGUUCUGCAGAAUGAGCCCUUGCCUGAGAAACCAGAGGUUAACGGAAAAGAACCAGAUGAUGAAAAUCUCAAUAAAUCUGAAAUAAGCCAAGUUUUUGAGAUUGCACUUAAAAGGAACUUGCCUGUGAAUUUUGAGUUUUUCCCUCUGAAACAGGUGACCAAGGAAAGUGGUCCUCCCCAUAUGAAGAGUUUUGUAACCAAGGUGUCAGUUGGAGAAUUCAUGGGUGAAGGUGAAGGAAAGAGCAAGAAGAUCUCUAAGAAAAAUGCUGCAAUAGCAGUCCUAGAAGAACUGAAAAAAUUGCCACCCCUUCCUACAGUUGAGAAAAUGAAGCCACGAAUCAAAAAGAAAACAAAAUCAAUAGUGAAGCUGCAAACAAGUCCAGAAUAUGGUCAAGGAAUGAAUCCUAUUAGCAGACUUGCCCAGAUACAGCAGGCCAAGAAAGAGAAGGAACCAGAGUACAUGCUCAUCACAGAACGUGGUCUUCCAAGGCGCAGGGAAUUUGUUAUGCAGGUGAAAGUUGGUGUACACACAGCUGAAGGAAUGGGCACGAACAAAAAAGUCGCUAAACGCAAUGCAGCUGAAAAUAUGUUGGAACUUCUAGGUUUCAAAGUCCCUCAACCUCAACCUCCAAAGCCAGCAUUAAAGACAGAAGAGAAGACACCAGUGAAGAAACCAGGUGAUGGAAGAAAAGUAACCUUCUUUGAGCCGGGCUCUGAAGAGACUUCAUCUAAUAAUAAAGACGAUGAGUUUAGGAUGCCUUAUCUCAGCCAUCAGCAGCUUCCCGCUGGAAUUCUUCCCAUGGUCCCUGAGGUUGCACAAGCUGUAGGAGCCAAUCAAGGACACCACACCAAAGAGUUCAAUAGGGCAGCCCCAAAUCCUGCCAAGGCUACAGUAACAGCAAUGAUUGCUAGAGAGCUAUUGUAUGGUGGUACUUCUCCUACUGCUGAGACCAUAUUAAAAAAUAACAACUCAUCAGGCCACGUACCCCACGGACCACUUACUAGGCCCUCUGAGCAGCUGGACUAUCUUUCCAAUGUUCAAGGAAUCCAGGUUGAAUACAAAGACUUUCCAAAAAAUAACAAGAAUGAGUUUGUAUCUCUUAUAAACUGUUCCUCUCAGCCACCACUGAUCAGCCAUGGAAUUGGAAAGGAUGUAGAAUCUUGUCAUGAUAUGGCUGCAUUGAACAUUUUAAAGUUGCUGUCUGAGUUGGACCAACAAACCACAGAGAUGCCAAGAACAGGAAAUGGACCAAUGUCUGUAUGUGUGAAACAAGAAAUGGAAAGUGACCCUCUUCUCAAACCGGCUAACUCAAACACUUUGGGACAAACACUGGACAGCACUGCCUAAAAAGGCUUUUGACUGGACCCAAACGUGAAAGCACCAGAGAAAAUCAAAUGCUUCCUAUUAAUGUAACCUAACUGUUUUAGAGUGCUACAGUCUUUACAACCUACUGUAGUGUCUAAAUCAUAACCGUUGCUUUUUCUUCAAACAGUGAUAAAUUUUUAGUUUCAUUAUGUUGUUUUGAUUGAAAUGACACUAUAAAUUUUUCAUUUAAAAGUUUCUUAAUUGUAUCUAGAACAAUAGCACAGUUUAGAAACUUUGUCUUCUGAGACUGACAUGUUAUCUGUGAACUAACUUGGGAAGAUCAUAUCCAUGUAUGUGGUUAUUUUGUUUUUAUUGAAAUAGCAGUUUCACUGGAAACAAAUUGUGUGCCCACCAUUUUAAAAAGUCAAACAUUUCCACAAACCUAGCCUAAUUCUCCAACGGUUGAAUGAAUUAAAACACUUUAGGAAUUUUAAACUUUGUUUGAUCAUUUUUGGUUAAUUUCUAGUUUUUUUGAGCGGGGGAGGGGAACUUGGAUGCAACGUGAAUUAAAAUGAUCUCUGAUCUAUGUUUUAAGGAUUGUGUGUAUAGCUGGCACACAGCUCACUACAUUACAGGAUAUGAUCUCAAUGUAGUGCAUAUAAAACUGCAGAUUGAUUUUCCUUGAGUGCUUUAUACUGUUUAAUUACAUCUCCAUGUAGGGCUGAAAAAAAUUACCUAUGUUUAUAUAUAAACUGUGUUGCUUUUGAUGUUGUGUUAUUGCGCACUGAACUGUGCGCAAUAAAGUUUUUUGCAUAUGGUCCAGGUAAAGCACGAUAGCCUUGCAAGUUAAGUACUGCUUCAGUUCAUUGUUUACGCUGGAAUUUUUUCUCCCCAUGGAAUGUAAGUAAAACGUAGUGUUUGUCACCAAUAAAUGGUAAUACUAAAUUUUUUUGGUUAAUUUAUUCUUGUAUGCCACUACAGGGCCUGCUUUUUUUUAUAGGAUUUGAAAUGCUUGUGAUAUAGUACGGGCAGUAUUGUAAAGCUAUGGAGUAACUGUAAUGUGGAGGAUGUGACAAACUGGCAAGGUCAAGGAAAUUCAAAAGUAAUGUGGGUACACUUUGUUAUUUGUGCCACAAUGUGUUAGUGCAACUGUAUUAAUGGGAGCUUAAACUAAAGCUACAAUUAUAAAAAGAAACCUGGCGCAACAGGUUGGAGCAAUUUCAGAGUUUAAGUCUCUACUUUUAAGUUUCCUUGUUUGCUUGUAAUUUGAGUCAUAACCUUGCCUUGCACUUAGUAAUUUUUUGGGGGUAGUACUUUAAAAAGGAAACAAGACUUUCCCUCUAGCAACAAAAACUGGCACCAUAGACUGACAUAUGACAGUGUAUCAUUUGGAUGUGAAAUACCUUAAAUGUGUAUUUAACUGGUUACCUGUAGCAGCACUUCCUAAAAAACUAUUUGCGGUGUGUGCAGUAAUUGCCAUAGAAAGCAGUUACGGCACAUGCUGUCUCUCAAAGCUAAAUGUCUCGGCCAUUUUAUUCGCAUUAGCAAAAGUAAUUGGGCGACACUAACUACAUACCAAAUUUUAUUGAAUCAAGUUGGUUUUGAUCAUUAUAAGCGCAAAAAACAUUGUAAAGUGGUUUUUUACAUUUGUAGAACUAAAAUGCUGUACAUUUAAAAAUUAAAAGAAACUUGCUAGGCUGA